AUGCUGGCUUGCAGCAUAGGAAGCCACUGUGGCCAUGGCUUCAGAAGCCACCGGGAGCCACGCCAGCGAGAGGUCCGUGCACCGGAACUCCCUCAGAGUAUUUCUUGGCUUUAUGCCAAGAAGCAGUCCAUAGUAGCCUGCCUGGGUGCCUGCAUCGCCUUGCGACGAUGCAAGCAUGUGGCGCGGCAAAGUGAGGGUGGCAAAGGCCGUGGAAUUAUCAGAUCCUUUGCGGACCUGCCGAAACAGGUGGCCUUGGGCAUCGACCUUCGUGAACGCUACAUCGUCGCAGCCCCUAUAUCUGCAACCGAUGGCUCCUUCAAGAAGGAGCCAGUUCGGCUGGAGCAUCUCUUCGACGAGGAAGAUGUGGACGCCAACAAACGCUUGGUGUCAGAACAGGUCAAGGAGCUCGUCUCGCAUUUCAAGUGGAAGGGAACGGUUGGCUGCAGCGUCACCAAGAAGGCGUGCGAACUACUGGGGGUCGACUCCUCUUGCUUUAAUGCUAUGGAGGCUGGUGCCGGAGAGCUUCUCGAGAAGGCACUGAGGGGAAAAGCCUCUUCUGUCCAUGCAAUGGUCACCACCUCGGCCGCCGGCUACAACCACCUUGUAUGGGAAACCAGCGAGGACGACAAGGAGUGGAAAGGGCACGUCAUUGUCGUGGCCACCUUAGGCCAGAAUCUGAGCGCCGUGGUCUUCAACGAUGGCAGGAGAGUACGCCACACACGCUGGUGCUCCUUCAUGCCGAAGCAAGAUUCGAAGGAGAACGACUCGGAGACCUGCCAGUGCCCUCCCCAAAUGUUGGAGAUCUCUUGUACACGGAAGCAGUUCGAACCGCCGCCUCUGAACAGCCCUGCCUGGAGCGAGUGGGCUGCUGCAGUGGACUCAGACUUACUCCUGAUCCUGCAGGCCAUCCCAAACCUCGAUGAGCUGCUGAUCCUGCCGCUGCACGAGGAGCUCCUUGAGAAUUUGGAGUCCGGCAUUCCGCAAACUCUCCAAACUGCGCAAGAGCAUGGAUGCACGGUGUCCCUGGUCACUGAGGGUGUUCCUGGCGAGCGCUGCCUCGUGCGCGGCGCUGCAACCUGCGCGCUGGUCGAGCUGGAGGCAGACCAGAUCCUCAGCGAACUUCGCGAGGUGCUCAAGCACGGCAACUGCAUCCAAAGCUUGUCGGACGUACAGCUUCACGACAUCUUCGACCGACUCGACACCAAUGGGGAUGGAGUCCUUGAGGUCGAAGAGUUUCAGCAAGGGCUCGAGAUGCUGCACAUCCAGCGUGACAUGCCAGAGUUGCUCUCUGAGCUCCGUUCCGAGGGGCCAGUGCAAUUAGAAGACUUCGUGACCUGGUGGCAGCGCGAGGUGAGAAGUGCUCGCAUUGUCACGUUAAGCAGUUCACAGGCAUGGUCAGAUUUGCUACAUGGCGUGCCCCCAGAGGGCUUCGGAGACGUGGUCUUGCUAGAGAUCACCUUCACCUAUUGCAGGGCUUGCAAAAGUUUUGAGCCAAAGUUCCGACGGCUGGCGGAGGAGUUUUCGCACAUUCGGUUUGUGCAGUUGGUCGGAAAUGGCUCUAUCGGUGCUAUGAAGCUCGUGCAGGAGGAGUUCAAGGUCACAGGAUCUCCAAGCUGGUUUCUCUUCAGACGCGGGGGUGAGUUACUUGCCACCUGGCACGGCACAAACGAGGACAAACUGAGGCAGCACCUGUCGCCUUUCUGCUAG